GCCAACAUAUUUAUUUCAUUAUAAAACUAAAAUGUAAUUAAAAGUUUUUUAAAUUGAUGACUUGGACCAAAUAAAAGAAAAGCAGCCAAUAAAUGCCCAACAUAGAUGGGAACUCCUUCAAUACAGGUUAAAAAGCAUCCCAGGGUGAUACCUCAAGAAGUUGGUUGAGAGUACAUGUCUGCAAAUUCUAGGAAAAGGAUGACCUCUUUGAAGAUGCUAAAAUAUAACACAGUUAUGAUUUAUUUUGGAUUUUGUUUAGUCACAACAUAAUUCUCAUAGUUCCAUUUAUGUUAUUUAAUAGUUUUGAUGACUUUACUAUUCUAAAAUGUGUAAAAUUCUAAAAAUUAUAAUAAAGAACGAGUAAGUGUUUCAAAACUUUUGACUGGUAGUGUACAUAUAAAUAAUAAAUCCAGAGAAACUGAUAAUUUUGCAGUGGACUCUUAAUUUUUUUCCAGAGACUUAUAAGAAUUUACCAAAUUAAGCUUUUGUAACGCUUGAGCAGAGAGGCAGACGAGGAGAUGCGGAUCCAAAUGCAAUUAAGAAUUUAUUAAAUAAACAAGUAAACAAGGAACAACCCUCAAUGGGGAAAUAAAACAUAAAACUGAAAACUAAACACAAUGAACACAAACAGAGAACUCAGGCAGGGAACACAUACCAGGCUAACAACAUACCUCCAUUAACAAACAACGACUGACAGAGACUGAACAAACAGACAGGGUUAAAUACAUAAAUGUGGGACAAAGGGGCCAAUGAACAAACAGGACUCAAACAAGAUAACAAGGAGAUUAACAGAAACCAAAGGCAAAUUAACAAGGGCAGGUGAAAACAAUGAACAGUGAACACGAGGGAAAACAAGACUGUGGAGCUACAAAAGGGACAAAAGUGAAAACUAAGGAGUACAAAAGUGACAAAAAUGGUAAACAAAAGGGCAACAGUGGAACAAGACAGGGUAUACAUAACAGCUUUAUAGCCUAUACCAGAUAAAGAGUUUUGUGUGUGUGUCUAUACAGUGAUGAGCCAAAUCAUUAUGACCAUAUGUUUAUGUUUAAUAAAUGUGUAUAUGUUUAAUAUGCUGCUGUUGGUCCUCUUCGUGCUACCAAAACAAAGCUGACACAUUGAGGCAUGAACUCUACAAGACCCCUGAAUUUGUCCUGUUGUAUCUGGCACCAAGACAUCAGCAGCAGAUCCUUCAAGUCCUGUAAGUUGCGAGGUGAAGCUGCAGUGAAUCGGACUUGUUGAUCCAGCACAUCCCAAAAAUCCUCAGUCGGAUUGAGAUCUGGAGAAUUUGGAGGCCACGGCAACACCUUGAACUCUUUUUCCUUUUCCUCAAAUCCCGAACAAUGUGUGCAGUGUGACAGGGUGCAUUAUCUUGCUGAAAGAGGCCACUGCCAUCAGGGUAUACCAUUGCCAUGAAGGGGUGUACCUGGUCUGCAACGAUGUUUAUGUAGGUGGCAUGUGUCAAAUUGAUGUCCACAUGAAUGGAUGGAUCUUGGGUUUCCCAGCAGAACAUUCCCCAGAGCAUCACAAUUCCUCCACCGGCUUGUCAUCUUCAAACAUGUGCAUCCUGGUGUCAUCACAUUCCCAGGAGAGUUUGAGGAGUCUGGUAAACUAUACAAGGAAGCUCAGGCCCUGGCACAUGCAGCUGGAGAUGGAGAAGCUGUUGAGGAGUUUCAGGAAGGGCUGAAAGAGCUGGCCAACAGGAGAGACUGGCAAACCAAGAGCAAGACUGAGGAACUGGUGCUUAAAGCAUGAUCCCAACAAAAUUACUGUACACACAUACUCCAAUUUGGAAGUAUUUUAUACUUCCAUAAAACUCAACAUUAGAACAAAUUGGUCAUGCUUGUGGAAGAGUGGCAUUCUUUGGAGCUUACUGUUCACUGGUUGCCAUUUCACAUGUUUUCCACCCUUUUGUGCUCUCAUUCAACAGCAAACAAUGUCUGAUACCGUUUUUAUGCCUUACCUGCCAUCAGACUUGUUUUUGUACUGUAGUCUGGCUCUUAAAUUGACUUAUUUAAAUGGACAUAAAUGGUUCCUAUUCAAAACAGAAUGAGGAAUGAUAAUGAAGAUGAAUGAUCUAGUAAUGUAAUGUCUGAUGUUCUGCACAAUCUUAUUAAAAGCCAACCUUUUGUGUUAUGUGUUUGAUGUGAGAAGUGACUUGAUAAGACUGAAUGAAAACAAUUUGUGUCAUGUUGAAUUUGAUGAUAUACCAUAAAGACUGCCCAAAACAAGCAGGUGGACUGAAGUGAAUAUUAAUUCUCCUCAGGUUACUGUGGAAGAGUUGUUUUUCAUCUCUACUAAGAUGUCAUGUUCAUCGGUUAUCCUGAAAAGUUGCAUUGUCAGCACUCUGUAGAGGUCUGUGUGUGUUUAGUUUUCCUAAAUGUCAUGAAACUCUUUACAAAACCAGUUUAUAAAAAGUUUUG